CUUCGUUUUUGGCCUGACCUUUGGUGUGAUUAAGUCCUUUGGUGUAUUUUAUGUUGAGAUACAGCAGUACUUUGAAACCACAGCAGCAGGAACAUCAUGGAUCACCUCUAUCACUGUGGCCACCAUUCACAUUGCAGCAGGAACAGGGAUGCUGGUCAGACUUGAGAUGGAUGGCGCUAAAUCCAGGACAAUCCUGCAAGAAAACCUGUUAGAGGCUGCAGAAAACUGGAGACUGGGGUGGAGGUCGACCUUCCAGCAAAGCAACCACCCUGAACAUACAGCCAGAGAUACAAUCCAAUGGUUUAUAUUAGGGUUUCUCAGUGUUGGUUUUAGGACCAACUGUCCUGCAGCUUUUAAAUUAUUCUCUGCUGCCACAAACCUGAUUUAAAUGGAUGGGUAAUUAACAUGCUUCUGCAGCACUUGAUGGCAGCUGAGGAGGUGAUGCAAUACUUUAAAUCAGGUGUGCAAAGGCAUGUCUAAAAGAUGGACGCCUGUGGACUUGGAGGACCAGGGUUGAGAACCACCAGUGUAGAUCAAAGCAUAACUGUAUGUUAUAUUAUAGAGGAAAACAGUUUCUGGAUGUGCAAGCUGGUAGAGACAUACAUACAGCAGUGACUGGAGUGAAAGCCCCAGUAGCCUCUGCUCUGAGUGCACGCUUCAGCCAUCGCUCUGUGGUAAUCAUGGGUGGGCUCAUAUGCAGUGCAGCAGUUGUGUUUGGAGCUUUUGCCCGUAACCUGACUGAACUCUACAUAACCUUUGGUUUCCUAAAUGGUUUUGGCUAUGCAUUAACCUGGACCCCUGCAGUGACCAUGCUCGGCAUGUACUUUGAGAAGAAUCGUCCAGUGGUUAAUGCCUUGGCUAGUGCUGGAGAAUGUAUUCUUACAUUCAGCCUCACCCCUCUGUUCCAGCUGUUGAUCGACAGCUUCUCUUGGAGGGGAGCUUUGCUUAUCCUGGGGGGAUUGCAACUUAACCUGUGUGUUUGUGGGAUGUUGCUCAGGCCCCUGGGGACCUUAAGAGAUGGUACUUAUAUCAAUAUGGGCAAAGAAGAGCAGGAAAACCUCCCAAUAGAAGAUCUGGAUGAAACAAAGCUGAGUUUUCAAAUAGAAAGUGAAAUGAACAUAUUGGAAUUAUCUGCUCAAGAGACAGUUAAGGAUUGUGUCGAAGAUCCUGAUGAGACAUCUAGCUUGACCAAAACCUCUACAAGCAGUCAAAAGAGGACCAAACUGCGGACUACUAUCCAAUAUUAUGUAGAUUACACACUCAUUACAAAUGGCCGGUUCAUGGUUUAUUCCAUGUUCGGGGUGUUUGCUGCACUAGGGUUCUUCGCCCCAUCUCUGUUCCUGGUUCCAUACGCUCGCAGUAAAGGAAUCAAAGAAUACCAGGCAGCAGCCCUCCUGUCCAUCUCUGCUGUGUUGGACCUCUUUGGAAGAGUGUUCUUUGGCUGGGUGGCAAACCUGAAGCUUGUUGAGACGGUUCAGCAGCUGACAGCCACAGUGAUUCUGCUCGGUACCGUUUUACUCCUCUGCCCUCUGGCCUCAACUUUUUCAGAGCUGGUUGCUUUCAGUGCUGCUCACGGCCUGGUGUACGGUGCCACGGUCGCCAUCCACAUCACAGUGCUGCCUGAGGUUGUGGGGGUGGAGAGGCUCGGAAGCGCUCUGGGGUUUUUCAUGCUCAUACGCAGCAGCGGAGGCCUGCUUGGACCGCCCAUCGCUGGUUUCUUCAUUGACAAGAUGGAGAAUUAUGGGACAGGCUUCAUCAUGUCUGGUGUGGCCCUUAUCGUCUCUGCUUUGUUCCUUCUUAUUCUCCACCAGAUGAACCGAAGGGGUCAAAGAACCAUCACAGCUACCAAUACUGCACACAAAUAAAAAGAGAGUGGGACAAAGGCAUCACUAGAACUCAGCCUGUGGUUCAUGUGUUCAGCUCUAAUCAGUAUCCAAAUAUCACCCAAUGUAAGGGUAGCUGAGGUUAGAGCCCAACAAAUUAGGUCAUGUUAAACAUAAUCUGCAGGAUCAUCUCUGUUUAGAAAUAUGGAAAUAAAAGUUAAAGGCUGCAUGCUUUAGUAAAUGUUCGGCGCUAGGGAUACUUACAAACAUAGCAUAAAAUCCAAGAAUGUUUGUGUAUUUUCAACAAUGCUUGGCAAUAAAUUGUAUACUGGAAUGUUUUUUAAUGGGCAUAACUCACAUGCUAAACCUUUUGCUAAGUUUAUUUAUCUAAAGUAAUAAAAGGGCUGUUUCUAAAUGUAAAA